AUUUACCUGAGAAAAUUCAGACGAACAUAAGUGUAAAUAUGGGUUUAGAAUUGAAUGUUGUGACAAUAUCAUUGCUAUUAAUGUUAGUAUCCACUGCCAAUGCAGCUCGUGUUUUUGAUGUGAGAAAUUAUGGAGCAAAGCCUAAUAGUGAUAUCACCAAGGCUGUGACAAGAGCUUGGAAUGAUGCAUGUGCAUAUCAAGGCUCGAGUAAAGUUUUAGUUCCAACAGCAACAUACAGGGUGGGCACAGUAAAUUUUCUUGGCCCAUGCAAGGGUCCUAUAGAGUUUAAUGUUCUAGGCAGCAUCCAAUCCCCAGGUGACCCAAAAUACUUCAAGGGGGAUUGUUGGAUCAGUUUUGGAAAAAUCAACCACUUAACUGUGUCAGGCAAGGGAGAUUUCGAUGGCCAGGGACAAACUGCUUGGGGUAGAAGUGGUUGUUCGAAAAAUAGCUAUUGCGUCCGCCUUCCCAUUAGCCUCAGGUUCGACUUCGUCACCAAUUCAAUAGUUCGAGACAUAACAUCAAAAAACAGCAAACAAUUCCACAUCAAUGUCUUUGGGUCCCAAAAUCUUACAUUUGACCAUGUUACCAUCAUAGCACCUCAUAACAGCCCCAACACAGAUGGAAUUCACAUCGGACGUUCAACCAAUAUUAAGGUGAUUAAUUCAAAGAUUUCAACCGGUGAUGAUUGUAUCUCCCUCGGUGACGGCUCUCGAGAUAUACUUAUCAAGGGAGUCAUCUGUGGACCUGGCCAUGGUAUCAGCGUAGGAAGUCUUGGUAAGUACAAGAAUGAGCAGCCUGUGUCUGGGGUAAGAGUUAUUGGCUGCACUCUCACAAACACACAAACUGGUGUGAGAAUCAAAACAUGGCCUCAAUCUUAUCCUGGUAUUGCCACUGAUAUGCGUUUUGAGAACAUUGUCAUGAAUAACGUCGACAAUCCUAUCCUCAUAGACCAAGGGUACUGCCCAUGGAAUCAAUGCAAAUCACAGCUUCCUUCUAAUAUCAAGAUCAGCAAAGUUAUCUUCAAGAGCAUAAAUGGAACUUCUGCGACUAAAGAAGCUGUGGAGAUCAUUUGCAGUGCGGCACUACCAUGUCGUAAUUUGGAGCUUCGUGACAUAAACCUCAAAUACAAUGGAAAAGAUGGCCCUGCUACUUCUCGAUGUGUUAAUGUCAACAAUCCCCUCAUCGGUGGCUACCACAAUCCUCCUGCUUGCACCAUCACAACUCUUAAGAAGAAAGUUUAAGUUGCUAAUUAUAUAUGUUUGGAAGUUUGAUCAAAUUCAAAGGACACAUGCAAAUGUAAACGUCAUCAAUAGUCCUAAUUUGUUUGUCCUGAUCAAGAGUGCUUUUUUGCUUUUAUUUAAAAAAAGUGUUAUGAUUGGACAUAGAAUAUAAUAACAAUUUCGGUU